UGAACAGUAUUUUCAUUCCGAGCUCGAGGUUUAAACUCAAACUCACGAAAUAAAGCACCAUUGGGCCAGAAUGAACCAUCAACAAUGUUUUGAAAAUGGUCGGCGGAAAUAUCAAUUUUGAAGGAAGAUAUGCUACUUUCGUAUGAAAAAUUAAAUUUUCUAAUAGCUAUGUGCCGGGGAUUAAGCUUUGAUGUUAUAUAAGACUUCACAUAUUCUACCGACGUUUCACUAGAAAAGCGCGAAACAAACACAGAUUUAUUCGCAGGAACUACGAUUAAUUCUUUCGGUAACAGAGAAGGCCCGCUUUGAGAUGUAGGUUCAGACACAGCUGUCGUUUUUGCUGCAGCCCUUGUAGUGACACCUGAGGAAGAUGCAGCUCAAGAGAUAACUCAACACACGGAGAAUUAAAACUUUUUAAUUCCUUAUUUAAGCCGGGAGUAGGCAAAGAAUCAAUUGGCGGAGUGUCAAUGUCUAAAGAAAUGGGAUUAGGAACAAUGCUGUCUCCUCCAUGCUUCCGCUUUUUUGAAGCUUGUUUAAGCUUGGUUGAUGGAGAGGAUGAAGAUUCAAUGCACUUAAAGUCUUUAAAUGCAUCUUCAUAUCGCUUAAACUUUUCGUCUAGAAGUUUUAACUCCUUACCCAACUCCUGGAAGCCAAUUCUGGCGCUCCUAAACAUUUUACAAAGCUCUACUUCGGUUGAUCUGCACUUGGGACAAAACCAACGAACACCUUUGUUAUCGGUUAUGAUGUCGGCCACCCUACCAUUGAGACCAGCACAUUUUACCAGGAUGAAUACAUUGCAGCGCGAAGUAGUAACAAUUUGUAUGUACAAGAAAAACUCACAGUGUACGCUAUUAGUACGAUAGUAGCAAAGAUGAGCGUUUGAGAGACACAGAAGUUUAGGUAUUGUAAGUUCAAUGGUUAGAAACCGUGCUGAACUUAACAGUUUUAAAGCCACUGAGCCAAAAAGCUUAAAAGCUUAAAAACAUAAAAGCAAGCCAAAAUGAGCUGUUUGCAGGAAAAUUAUUUGAUCGAUGAUAAGCAAAAUGUAUGAUAAAUCGCGGAAGAUGGGAAAAUGCACUCUCACGCAAGACAACAAUAAUGCACCAAACGAGGCAAAUAUGCACAAGGAAUGAAAAGAAUAUUAAUUUUUUAUUUUUAAUCCACGCACUUUAUGUCUAAAACACAACAAUUUAUUGGAGCUUGGCUUCAAAUAGCUUUUUCCAGUAUAAAUUACACAAAUUAGAACUGCUUAGCACUUCGAUAAACAAAGUAACUUUAGAAAUUCUUUCAAACGAAUGUUUAAGCGACUGCACAGUACGAACGUUGCAAAUGGUAAUGUAAACGAAUCUACCACAAACGAAACAAAACUAGUUUAAUUUAUUGCGAAGCUUUUUAAUUUUUUUCA